AAAAUACUUCUCAUUAAUGUUGUUGCUGCCUUAAUCUGCAAAGCAGCAAGACAUGGAGGAAGAGAAAACAGCGGCAAUAUUAUCAUCGUCGUCCAUGACUGCCGAUCUCGAUGCUCCACUUCAUGCGUUGGGUUUCCAGUUUGAAGACUUCUCGCCAAAAAAAGUUUCCGGCCGCCUUCAUCUUACUGAGAUUUGUUGUCAGCCAUUCAGGAGGCUACAUGGAGGUGUAUCAGCAUUGAUAGCUGAGGCUCUGGCAAGCUUAGGAGCCGUCAUGGCUUCGGGUUAUCAGAGAAUAGCUGGUGUUCAUCUGAGCAUUAGCCAUCUGAAGCCUGCUAAUCUUGGUGAUCAUGUGUUUGCAGAGGCUACACCUAUUAAUGUUGGCAAAACCAUGCAGGUGUGGGAGGUGCAACUCUGGAGGAUUGAUCCUUCAAACUCACAAAGAAUAUCCUUGGUAGCAUCAUCUAGGGUUACUGUUCUUUCUAACAUGCCAAUGCCGGAGCACUUAAUAGAUGACGCUGCAAGGAUCGGGAAGUAUGCUAAAUUGUGAACCACCUAUGCAUGUGCUAUGUUUGCAUGAUUUGCACACUAGACAUUUUAACAUUCAGUUGAAAUCAAAGCCAUGGUAAAAUAAGGAUUUCCUGGACAUAUAAUUGUAUUAUGAAAUAAAGGAGAAGUAAUAAAUUAUCUUGCAGAGAGAUACUGAUGGCGCUUAACUU